UGAUCAUUGAGUUUUUACUUCAAAACCAGGAAAGAUGAGUCUCACUGCUAAGGACAAGAACACAGUCAAGACAUUCUGGGGCAAGAUCUCCGGAAAGGCCGAGGAUAUCGGCUGCGAUGCUCUGUCCAGGAUGCUGGUUGUGUACCCGCAGACAAAGACCUACUUCUCCCACUGGAAGGACCUGAGCCCCGGCUCUGCCCCGGUGAGGAAGCACGGAAAGACUGUGAUGACGGGAAUCGGUGAAGCCGUGGGCAAAAUCGACGACUUGGUUGGAGGUCUCAUCACCCUCAGCGAGCUGCACGCCUUCCAGCUGCGUGUGGACCCUGCUAACUUCAAGAUCCUCUCCCACAACAUCCUGGUGGUUCUGGCCGGCAUGUUCCCCAAUGACUUCACCCCAGAGGUUCAUGUGUCUAUGGACAAGUUCCUGUCUGCCCUGGCUCUGGCUCUGUCUGAGAAAUACAGAUAAAUUGCAAACAACAGAAGACACACGGCA